AUGUCUUCCGACUCGUUACAUCUUCACGAUCUGUUUUAUCGUAACGAUUUGUAUGAGCUUGACACGUCACUCACAGAUCCCCCACAUCCAAUUCGAUCCAGCAGUCCUCAGGUCUCCCCAGUCAGACAACAUGAUCAAACCAGAUCCAGAGAAAGUCUCUCAAGCACAUCCGAUCCUCAGAUGGCUCAUAUCAGCGUCGAUCUCGGUGGCCCCGAGAAGCCAAUCCCCAACUUCCGUCCUCAGUUAUGGCGACACCUAGACAAGCAGCGAGACUCUCUCAAUCUCGAUCUGUUCUGGUCUAUCAAGCUGGAAAGCCACGGGUCUGAUGAUGAAGAUGGUGGUGACAUCGAUGAUCUUGACGAAGACCAAGAAGAUCUCAACAAGGACCUUUUUCCCAUCCAAGGCCUGCGACCUCUUCUCACAUUCCACAACCUGCGCUACCUUCAAUUGAAUGGUAUGAUGCAGUCUUACCAACCUCUGAUCUGGGCCACCUGCUGGGUCAACAAGAACCUGAGCACGCUCCACCUCGAGAUGGCUUUGGAACCUGAAAUGAGACAACCUCCAUUCGACCCGAGAGAAGGCAAGCCAUCGUUUCGCCGCAUCGAUCGACACUGGACAUAUGACCCAUCUGCUGAGGUUGAUGAGGAAUACACCGAGUAUCUUGGCUUCCACGGUGAAGGAAGAUUGCAUGAAGAGUUCGGCUAUGGCGAGUACCUCGAUCAACAAGCCAUCCGUGGCGCUCAGUUCUUGGUGGCCAGCCAGAUGCCUCGGGAAAAUCUCCGUUACCUCCCCAUCCGAAAUCUGACCCUGCAGAACUUUGCGCUCGACGCCGGCCCCUUUUACAAGUGGUUCGACCCAAAGAAGCUGCGUGAAAUCAACUUGCGGGGCGAUUGUCUCGACACCGGAUUCUUCCUGCCCGAUGACAUGAAGUUCAAGGUCAAAGUCACAGGCCCGUCAGCCAACCCGGCCCGCCUUAUCGCUCCCGGAGAAGUCAAAAUCGUCGAUAUUCCCGUCCGAAAGAAUCCCGUCAGCCCACCGGACAUGAACAUGAAUGGCAGCAACUUGAAGAAUAAGAUUAGUCAGAUUGUGCCACUGUGGAGAAACAAAGGCAACGAGAGCAACGAGAGCAAGGAGAACGUCAAGAAAUGA